AUAUUUUUAACUUUUACACAAGACAAACUUUUUUCAAUUGUGCGCAUUUCUUGUGUCCGCGUUUCCCCGCGAAUGGCUGCCAGCUGGUGUUUGGCAACGCGUAAGUAGUCCACGAGUCGCGAGUACGGUCACACUAAGCGGGACCCAAUCAGCUGAUAACAAAUGAGUUUUAUUUUUAAAUUUAUUGCCACUUUUGUACGCAAAAUGUUGGAGCUGUUGCAAUUUGGGGGGAAGACUCUUACACACACAUUGAGUAUCUAUGUGAAGACGAACACGGGCAAAACGCUGACGGUGAAUCUGGAGCCCCAGUGGGAUAUAAAGAACGUAAAGGAACUGGUGGCCCCGCAAUUGGGACUUCAGCCGGAUGAUCUAAAGAUCAUAUUUGCCGGCAAGGAACUCAGCGAUGCCACAACCAUAGAGCAAUGUGAUCUGGGUCAGCAGAGCAUUUUGCAUGCCAUUCGUUUGCGACCGCCUGUGCAGCGCCAGAAAAUCCAGUCUGCCACCUUGGAGGAGGAGGAACCUUCGCUGGCUGAAGAACCCUCCAAGCCCCUCAAUGAAACUUUGUUGGACUUGCAGCUGGAGAGCGAGGAGAGGCUUAACAUCACCGAUGAGGAAAGAGUCCGUGCCAAGGCCCACUUCUUCGUCCACUGCGGCCAAUGUGAUAAGCUCUGCAAUGGCAAACUCAGGGUGCGCUGCUCCCUGUGCAAAGGUGGCGCCUUCACUGUCCAUCGAGAUCCGGAGUGCUGGGAUGAUGUUUUGAAAUCGCGUCGAAUUCCCGGACACUGUGAAAGCCUGGAGGUGGCCUGCGUGGACAACGAGGCUGGGGAUCCUCCUUUCUCCGAGUUCUUCUUCAAGUGUGCGGAGCAUGUUUCCGGAGGGGAGAAGGAUUUCGCCGCUCCCCUAAACCUUAUCAAAAACAAUAUCAAAGAUGUGCCUUGCCUAGCCUGCACUGAUAUCAGUGAAACAGUUUUGGUCUUUCCCUGCGCCUCGCAGCACGUCACCUGCAUCGACUGCUUUCGCCACUAUUGCCGAUCCCGCUUGGGCGAACGCCAGUUCAUGCCGCAUCCGGACUUCGGAUACACCCUGCCCUGCCCCGCCGGCUGCGAGCACUCGUUCAUCGAGGAGAUCCACCACUUUAAGCUGCUGACGCGCGAGGAGUACGAUCGCUACCAGCGGUUCGCCACCGAGGAGUAUGUCCUGCAAGCGGGUGGUGUACUCUGCCCACAACCAGGUUGUGGCAUGGGCCUUUUGGUGGAGCCCGACUGCCGCAAGGUGACCUGCCAGAAUGGCUGUGGCUACGUGUUCUGUCGCAACUGCCUUCAGGGCUACCACAUCGGGGAGUGUUUGCCCGAGGGGACGGGCGCCAGUGCCCAGAACUCAUGCGAAUACACCGUGGAUCCGAAUCGAGCUGCCGAGGCGCGAUGGGAUGAGGCCAGCAAUGUCACCAUCAAAGUCAGCACCAAGCCCUGUCCAAAAUGUCGAACACCCACGGAGCGAGAUGGCGGCUGCAUGCACAUGGUCUGCACACGCGCUGGCUGCGGAUUCGAGUGGUGUUGGGUCUGCCAGACCGAGUGGACACGCGACUGCAUGGGAGCCCAUUGGUUCGGCUAGUCGUUCGUCGCCUAUCGUCGGCCCGAAGUGCCCGUUUUGUUUGUUGACUACUUUUAAAUUGUAUACCAUAGUAAAGACUGCUCGAGCAACACCCUGUUUGUCGUCUACGCAAUCAAUAGCAGAAACACCCCCGACAAGGACCGCGGAGCUCACAUCCUACCCCACUCUGUUCCUUCGUUGCGUGCGCACAAAACUUUGUUUACGUUUUUCCCAAGCUCGCCCACAAAUAUUUUGAGGGCUUUCCUCUUUGGGCUGGCAUGCGAAAACCGCAACAAACACGUGCACUUGGCCAAAGAGUCGGAGAGACGGAGAGAGAGUGCGGCGGAUGCGCAGUGGGUGGCCAGCGGCACCAGGCUCAUGUAACCAGGCGCGUAGCCGCAAGGGGACUCCCCAAUAAUUGAUUAGAGGACGGUUAAGGCAUUUCAAAUAUUCUGUUCCAGAGUUCUUUGAAUUUGCAACUUUAGUGAUAGUUUUUCUUUUGAACAGGGAAGCCCUUUAAUCUAAGAAUACAACUUUGAAGCAAGGGAUAACAUUCUUAGGGAAACUACAGCCAUGCUUCUUAACUCUUUUCAAUUUUUUUUUGUAACUAGGAUUUAAGUGUAUUGUCUUAAAUUGGUAGAAAACUGUAAAAAUAGUUACCUUAUUUUAGGACAUAUGAGUAGUUUUAAGUUAAGAUAAGCUAAGAUAUACCAAAAAAGUUCUGUACUUACAUUUCCUAAGAAAAAUCAUGAGUAUCUUAAGAUAUAACCACUGAUUUGGUGUUAAGACUUAAGCGAGCUGUGUUGAAAAACAGAACUCAAAACUUUCGAGCUGUCCAAGUGCGCCUGUGCUUUUGAAAGUUCACCUGGCUUAUUAUCAGUCCGCCUUGCGGCUUAUCGGUCAUCUGAAGUUGGGCUGGUCAAAUGCCACAGGUUCACGGGAGGCCAAUAGGCGGAAACAACCCUUGACGGUGGGAACUACGGGUACGCCAGAAAGCGUGCUAUGGUUUUUCGCAUAUUGGUGAAAAUUUGUGGCCCGGACAUCGAUAAAUCGAGCCUAUACAUAUCUCAUUCGCACACACCGAACGUGGGAAACCCCCAAGCGGGACUCUGGCGGAAAAUUCGCUGCGCACUCACGGCUUUCUCUGGCUUUCUCGCCCUCUCUCUCAGGGAAUUUCCCAUCUCUCGCCCAUUUAGAGAUAACACCACGUUCUAGAUUCCUUUUGGUUUGCCGCUCUGUUUUGGUUGGCUUUCUGUUUUGUGCUCUAAUUCGUAAGCAAAGCGAAUAGUUUUGCCUGCCAUUUCCCAGAGAGCGGAAAAUAUAGAGAGAGAGAGAGAGCGAAGUGCAGCGCAUUUUCCGCCCUCGAAUGGCCAAAAGGAAAAGCUCGCUCGCGCAUGUGGGCAGGUUGCCCAUCGAAUCGGGUCACAAAGUUCCCAGUGCAGCAGCUUCGGUGUGCUGUGUGUGUUCACUAGUUUUUCUAUUUAUUUUUUCCCGUCUGCUCCUUGCUGGUGGUGCUUGUGUCUUUUGCCAGCUUUUCUUCUUCUGCUUGGGGGCCUUCGGUGUAUAAAUGGCAGCGCGCCCGCGUAUCGCAUUUCAGUCUACGUUGGACUUUAGCGCGCGCCGCACACGCUGCGUAUACGUAACGCGCAUUAAGAUACGGCGGAUAUUCCGCACCGAAACGCCCCGAGGAGGCCUCCGUCCGAGUGACGCCGCCGUGCUCCGCCGAUCAUUCUGGCGUUCUGGGCCGGCCGCUCUUCGAUUUUUCCGCUCGAGCCUCGAAGAGAAAAUCGGUGAAAAGUCGUUGGAAAAGUGCCUCUCACACUCGCGAACCACACCAUUGUGAACUGUCUUGCGUGGGCACCAGAAAUUCAAAUUUAACGGCUUUUCGUGGUGGCGAAAGUUUUCGAAAUCAGAGGCGAGGUUUUUAAUCGAAUCAAAUUAGUGAAAAUUUAAUAAUCAACGGGAAAAGUUUAAGGAAAUUUAAACGGAGACAUUUUAACUAGAGUAAUAUUUGAUAAAGAAAAAAAUACAUUAAAGUAAAUCGAAAUUUGUCGUCUAUUUUAAAGUGUAAAAGUGAAUAAAUUUUAAAAACAAUUUUGGAAAUUAGGAGGACAAUAAGAAAACUGCAAGUGUGGCGAAAAUUGAUUCGAACAUAAAUAAAGGGCAGUCAAGCGUGGCCAGACAAGGACAACAAAGGCAAAAGAAGCCGAAGGACCUGCGAUUGGCC